UAUUGUAAAAUGCAUCCAUACUUCUACUUUUGAUAUGGAUUGUACAAUAUUAUUCAAAUUCGAUAGACUCAAUAGCGUACGACAGAUUAUUAUUCACGACAUUGUAUGCAGUAAGGAAGUUCAGGAGCUCAACUUAUGCUCCAGACAGUAACAAAUACUAACAAUAUUGAACAGCUUUGUAAGCUGCGAACGAAUUUUUUUCUGAUAUUGGUAUCUUUUUGUCUAGUUUAAUCCGUUUUGCUGUUGUCUGAAAUCUGCAAAAAAUCUGACAAUUCCCCGCAUAUCUUUUCUGGCUAUCCAGCUGAUGGAACAUUGGAUGGGUAUGGUGGUACCAGCAUUCUUAUCACCACAAAAUGUCAGAAAAGACAGACAUGAGCGAGAAUACCAGGAAGGACAUCCGUUCAGGAUCAGGACCCGACGGAUCCCCUACAUUUCGACUGAAUGGAUCUGACGGCAAAGAACUGCAUGUGGACGACGAUGCGAUCGUGCCGUUGCUGGUGUCGCACAACAGCGUAUCGGACGACAACAGCGCGUUGUCCGUUAUUAAAAGCCACUCUGUCUCCGGAGGCCAUCCUAGUAGAAAGACCCGUUUCACGGUGUCCAAAGUGGCGGAGGAUGUGCUCCUGCGACGGCAGAGUGCGGACCGAUCGUCCACGCUGUCCGUUAACACUGCGAAUAAAACAGGACCCAAUACGGAAAGUGUUUCCGUCGUGCCCAACGGGAACACAGCCACUGUUUCUGGAGGGAAUGCGUUUGCUGCGUUGCCGUUUGGAAAAUCCGACCGUGUUGAAGACAAAGAAGCAAAGGUAUCGAUUGCCUUAGAAAAAACUACGGAAUCUGGGAUGAUCCACGAGCCGUUUGUGUUUUUGGGAGUGUGCGCCAUGGCGAAAAAAGCGCGAUCGAAGUACAUGACGGAAAUCCUGUCCAGGAUAACACAGGAAUUCGAACAGAUCAAGAUGGUGAUUUUCCCAGAAAAUGUUAUUAUGAAUGAACCGGUGGAAAAAUGGCCCACUUGUGAUGCCUUAAUUUCAUUUUAUUCCGGCCAUUUCCCCUUGGAUAAAGCGGUCCAGUAUGCCAAACUUCGACAACCUUUUCUGGUUAACGAUUUGGAAAUGCAGUAUGCUAUUCAGAACAGGCAAAAAGUGUACGAAAUUCUGGAAAAAGCGGGCGUGGAGGUUCCCAGAUAUGCUGUACUAGAUCGGGACUGUGGAGACCCUAGUAAAGCACGGUUGGAAGAAUUCGAUGACCAUAUUAUUGUAAACGGAGUGCAGUUUAAUAAGCCGUUCGUGGAGAAGCCGGUGUGUGCAGAAGAUCAUAACAUCUACAUUUAUUAUCCCACAUCGGCCGGGAGUGGGAGUCAGCGUCUGUUUCGAAAGAUCGGCACAAGAAGCAGUGUGUAUUCCAACGAGAGCAGAGUUAGACAGACUGGAUCGUACAUUUAUGAGGAGUUUAUGCCAACCGAUGGUACGGAUGUCAAAGUUUACACCGUUGGACCUGAGUACGCUCAUGCCGAAGCUAGAAAAUCGCCAGCACUUGACGGUGUCGUUGAACGAGAUAAAGAAGGAAAAGAGUUGAGGUUUCCCAUUAUUUUGAAUAAUGUGGAGAAGCUGAUCGCUCGACGAGUCUGCAUUGCCUUUCAGCAAGCAGUCUGCGGUUUUGAUCUUCUUCGGGCCAACGGUCGCUCCUAUGUCUGUGAUGUGAAUGGAUUCAGCUUUGUCAAGAAUUCCAUGAUCUAUUACAACGAUUUUGCGAAAAUCGUUGCCAAUAUGGUCUUACGGAAAUUGGCACCUGAAUUGCAUAUUCGAUGGUCUAUGCCUUAUCAACUGGAAGAUCCUCCUUUUGUCACAACCACGUUGGGCCAACUUAUGGAAUUGCGCUGUGUAGUUGCUGUUGUACGGCAUGGAGAUCGAACUCCUAAGCAAAAGUUAAAGAUGGAACUUCAUCAUCCUAAAUUCAUUGAUAUGUUUUUGCGGUUUGGUGGAACGUUUGAUGAUAACGGUCGGGAGAUUAAAUUAAAAAGACCUUCCCAGCUGCAGGAAGUUUUGAAUGUGGUACGAGAUCUACUGCUCAAUCACCGCAGCGAAGCCAUUGUCAAGGAGCGCCGUGCGAAACUCGUUCAACUGAAAUCUGUGUUAGAGAUGUAUGGGCAUUUUAGUGGGAUAAAUCGAAAAGUACAGAUUAAAUAUCUUCCACUGGAUUCGCCAGAUCUGCCAGAAUCGGCUGUGCCAGCCGUGGCAGAUACUGCUAGCCCUGUUACGACUGGAUGCCUUCUCCUAAUAAUGAAGUGGGGAGGCGAGUUAACUCCGCUUGGGAAAUAUCAGUCGGAGCAGUUGGGGCAGAUGUUCCGAUGCAUGUAUCCAGGGUCUGGAGAAGCGUCCAUGAAACGAGGACAUGGGCUUCUUCGACUUCACAGCACCUUCCGCCACGAUCUCAAAAUUUAUGCAUCUGACGAAGGCAGAGUGCAAACCACAGCUGCAGCCUUUGCAAAGGGUUUGCUCGCCCUGGAAGGGGAACUGACCCCGAUACUAGUACAAAUGGUUAAAAGCGCAAAUACGAAUGGAUUGCUGGAUAGCGACUUGGACGCACGAGAUCACGAAAAAGCAGUUAAAAAGACUUUGAGGGCCAUAAUGAAAAGGGAUAAAACCUUUUCGGAUGAGGAUGUGGUAGCUCUAAACCCGACUAACUCCCCGGCUAUCAAAACGGCCAUGGAGGCAAUCAAGAAUCCGGUUAUGUGCUGUGGAGAAGUCCAUAAAUACAUAACCGAGUUAAAUAAAGCGAUCAAGGAGAAGGCAGCAAAUACCACUGUUGAACUGCCAAUGCUGUACGCCGGUGAAUCAUGGGAACUCCUUCAACGACGUUGGGGCAAACUUGAAAAGGACUUCCGUCUGCAGGAUGGCAGUUUUGAUAUUACGAAAAUCCCUGACAUCUAUGACUGUAUACGUUUCGAUAUGCAUCAUAAUCAGUGGAUAAGUCGCCUGGGUUUUGCUAGCAAACUGUUUGCCUUGGCCAGACAUUUAUCCGAUAUCGUUGUUCCUCUUGAAUACGGAAUAACCGCGAAUGAAAAACUGGCUAUCGCUCAAGGAAUUGCCACACCGCUGCUGGAAAAAAUUCGUUCAGACCUGCGACAAGUUGUUUCGCAGACAGAUGAUGUGACAUCCAAAUCUAACGAAAACUCCAAUAAACUGCAUCCUAGGUAUACCGAUUCUUCCUCCGGUCGUCUUGUCCGAAGUAGGCUGUAUUUCACCAGCGAAAGCCAUAUUCAUUCGUUAGUGAACAUUUUGCGCUUUGGUGGUUUAUUUGAGGAGAAUGAUAAACAAUGGAACCGGGCAUUGGAAUAUCUGUCAAGAGUGCCGGAACUCAACUUCCUGACUCAAAUAGUGAUUAUGCUGUACGAAGAUUCAAAUAAAACCAUCGAUUCGGAUGAUCGUUUCCACGUGGAGCUUCACUUUAGCUCGGGAAUGCUCCGUCGAUCUGAUUACAAGGACAUGCAUGGUGGUAAAAAUCGUAGAAAUUCUAUCCAGAAUGACGAUUUGGAAGUUUCCACCACAGAAUCAGUCAGUGAUGGUGCUCCAAAAUCCACAUCUUCGAAAACCAUUCUCUCUGUACCUUCGAAUGAUGAAAAAGCGGACAAUGGGCCGACAGCGGGAUAUUUUAAAUCCAAAAAAGACCGCUUAAUUGCGAAAGUUCGAGAGCUCGGUAUUAUAAAAAACCGAAUUUUCAGCACAGCAGUUAUUAAAGGCUUGGAUCAAAGCGCACAUGCUCAUGCGUCUCCGUUGGACGAUGAAGACGAAACCAAUAUUUUCCAUGUUCCAAACGUCAAAUCUUUGGAAACACUCCACAAUGCCCUCUCAUUCCGAGAACUGGACAGGUUUAUGUUGAAAAUUCUGCAAACUAGUUAUCGUUAUCCAUCCAUCACUUCGGACCAUUUGCGCAAUUAUUCCAUAGAAAUUCCGGAACCGCUUGUACUAAAAAACGCUCCAUUAAGUGCUGAUAUCCCUGACAUUAGUUUCCCCACCAACUAUGGAAUGUUCCAGUUCCAGAAUCGUUUAGCUGUGCAACAUUCACAGGCUGCUUUGGCGACGGGCAACGAUGAUGCCGUGUAUUAAGUUGUCUUUCUUCCGGUUACUUUGCCGGUGCAAAUUGUGUAUCGAAUGGUCCAAAUUGUUGCUUUCCGAAUUUUGUGGAUCUAAUCAUUGUAAAGCUGUGUGAAUCAGUGUGAUGUAUUUGUUAUAUGACUGCAAAUUUUGAUUGUUACGUUAGAAAAAUUAAACGUGAAUUUUUGUUGCGAAAAGCAGAUAAAGUUAAAAGAAAUUCUGCUGGCUUCG